CCGACCCAGCCGCGGGGACCGGGAAAGGUGCUGUUAUGGCGGCCAGCGGGGUCACGGUGAGCGCUGCGGGUCCGGCCAACGAAGCCCCUGAGAUUCCGGACAACGUGGGCGACUGGCUCCGCGGCGUCUACCGCUUCGCCACCGACAGGAAUGACUUUCGGAGGAACUUGAUCCUCAAUUUGGGACUCUUUGCUGCGGGAGUUUGGCUGGCCAGGAACUUGAGUGACAUUGAUUUGAUGGCACCUCAGCCAGGGGUGUAGGCAAAUAAAUGGAAUUCCUGUGUACCCAAACUUUCCCAAAACAGCCUUUGGUCUGUGGCCACCACAAGCUAAUACCUGGAUGGCAGCUGAAGUGACUCAGAUGGGCACCUUCCCUUUACGUGCCUGACCUCCAGCCCCGGUCAGUAGUCAGCUAGCUUCCACCUCUGUAAAGCUAUAUACAGUCCAAGUUUCUGCAGAGCAUGGUCUUUGCGUUCGUUCUAAGGAGUACUGAUGGUGUUUUGACAUUUUGAAAUAAAGACUGUACACAAGGA